AUGACUGACUCCUUGAACCCCCUCCCCGGAAAGAGCUGGAGUCCGUUGCACCCCGAUCGCCACAGGUCAUCAACCUCAACGAUUUCCCACCCGGACCCUGAAGGCGACCUGGGCUUCUUCCCGCGCCCCGCAGAAGGAACUCCCACGCAGCACGUCCAGAGAGUCCGUGACAUCGCGGCGUCGGGCGGGGAAGCCCAACAGAAGCUGCCCGCCGACUCCGAGCAAGCGAGGGAGAUCCGUGCGGUUCCGAUCCACCAGCGUCCCGACCUGCUGGUCCCCUGCGCCGACCUGGUGAACUGCGAGUGGCAGCGCAGCCGGGCCGCCCGGGUCCACUCCCUGCGGAAGUCUUGCCCGGAGUUCCCCGUGUGCCUGGUGCUCCUCCGCGGCCUCGGGGAGACGGAGCGGCUGCUCGGCCACGCCCGGCUGUCCCGGGUCGUGGGUCACGCCGGCAGCCUGUUCGUGGAGUCGGUGGUGGUGUCCGGCGCCGAGCGAGGGAGGGGCUACGGCCGGACUCUGAUGGAGGAGGCGGAGCGUUACGCCAAAAGCAGAGGGUUCGCGCGCAUGUGCCUCACCACCCACGACAAGCAGCGCUUCUACGCGCACCUCGGGUACGCGCUGUGCACCCCCGUGCAGAGUGCGGGCGCCAUGGCGGCGUUCGUCCCCAUGGAGACGCUUUUGAGGUUCUCCAGGAUGCGGAGUGAGGAAGAAGAAGAUGAAGAGGCGAAGACACAAUCACGGACAACGAUGAAGGUUCAGGCACCACAAGGGAGUGUUUGUGCUAUAGGGUCACCUCCACCUUAUAGCUUGCGUCCUCCAUCUCCACCACCUCCUUCCUUUCUUCCUCCCCCUCCUCCUCCUCCUCCUCCUCCUCCUCCUCCUUCUCCUCAAUCAGCGGUGCAGCUUGUAGUUCAGACUCUGAAUGAAACUCCCUACAGAGACGCCAAAGGAGUCCCCAUCUAUUGGAUGCACAAAGACUUUUGACAAAGACUCUUCUCUGAAGGGGGGGUCGAGAUCCGUUCUAUUGAACCAAAGAAUUUUGAAAAAAACAACCCUUGUUUUCACCUUCAAAUAAUAAUGAAUGAAAUGAAUUGUUUGCUUUCCUGGGUUACUGUUUUCCCAAUGAAGCAGUGAGUCAUAUGUUGGCCAUUAAGGCGAGUGGCCAUUUUCAAGUAUUAAUUGAAGUAUUUUGAAAGAAAGGGGGUUGUGACAUGGAAUACAUUCGUUUGGAGGAUAACGGAGAAGCUCUGUAGAGGCAAUUUAGAAAAAAAUACAUAUUUCGGCUCAUCCAGACAGUCCAAUCCAACCGUACUUUUGCAGGUUGAGCAGCUCUGUUGGGGAAUUUGGCCCAAAUCCACUGACACCAUGAUGCCUGUUGUGAACUUUCAGUGCCAGUCUAUUAAAAUUCUUAAGACCUGUUUUAGAUUGAAGAAACUGAUCUUUAUAAGUUUUUCAAUUGAAAAAUUCU